AUGGCAUAUUUUGGCAUCAUUUUUCCUCGUUUGACGCUGCUUAUAUCUGUGUUUUCGAUACUUGUCUCUGGGAAUUUACGUGCAUUGAGUUUCAAGGACAUAAACGAAGACGGUAAAGAAAAAUUUGUGGAACAAACUGUUUCGAUCAAUUUGAACCAGUCCGUCUUCACAGUCAGUAAGAAGUUUCUCUCCGUGGCAAUUACAGUUGGUUUGAUACGGGAGCAUUGGCCCCACAUUAACUUCACCUCAGAGAAAUUCUUCACUCUCGCAAAGGGUCUCUCUCCUGCAUUUCUUCGUGUGGGAGGGACGGCCGAAGAUUUUUUGAUCUAUGAUGAUUCGCCAGGGUUGAACAAACACAAGAAUUUUACUAAUUUUACAAUAACGCAUGAGGAUUUGGAUAAAAUUCAUCUGCUGUCUUCUAAGGCAAACUGGGAUGUUUUGUUCGGAUUGAAUGUGCUUCUCCGAGAGAAGGAUGGAUCUUGGAAUGCGAGUAACCCUAAAAAAAUUAUGCAGUAUGUUGCUGAUAGUGGCUAUCAUUUUGGAUGGGAGCUUGGAAAUGGUAAUUUUAUACCGGGGAGGGGGGGUGGGGGGGGGCACUGCCAUAUAUGGGUUAUAUAGGUAUGUGCCCUGUAAAGGGUAUGGUUUUCAAGCAGUUUACUCUAGGAUAGGGUAUAUAAAUCAGAGCGUCUGGGUCUAGAAUAGGGUAUCAUUUUUCAGCAAGCUGAUCAGUUGGUUAAAGAUUUUAACUACACUAGGGAAACAGCUACUCUAGGAUAGGGGGAUUUGGGGAGUUUACUCUAGUAUAUGGUAGCAAAAUUCAGCUGAACUAGCUCUGGUAUAGGUUAAGGGUUCCAGGGUCCCAGCAGCACAACCCCACCUAGAAGUUCUUACAGUACCCCCCCCCCCCGGGGUAAUUUUGCGAGAGGGGGGUGUGGGGAGGUUUAUCAGGAAUAUGGUAGAAAAAAUCAGCUGGAUCACCCUCGGUUAUGGUUAAGGGUUCCAGGGCCCCAAACGCCAAACCCCCCCUAAAAUUUUUUAAGUGCCCCCCCCCCCCCGGGAUUUUAUAUAAGUGCACUCAAUGUUUGUUAUCGUGUUUUAUUUUAGCCUUAAUUAGCCUAGGCCAAAUUUAUUCCUAUGGUUCAAUUAACAGGGACAAUGAAUAGAGCAUUGUACAGUAUAUGGACCAGAGCAUGCUAUAUAUCCUAACAGCUGACACAAAGUUAAGGUUUUCAACGAGCUAAAGACUAAUUUCUUUGAAUGUUUUAAACUAAGUUUCAAGUGAAACGUGCUUAGCAUGAUUAUUUUAUUGAUGUUCUCUUUUCUGACAUUUUAUAAUCUAACCAUUUGAUACAUACGUACAUUGUACCAUUUCAAAAUUUGGCUCUAGUUUUCAGGUAAAAAAAGGUAAGAUUCAGGACCGUCAUUCAGUCUUAUCUUGCCCAUCCUCGGAGACCCAGGGGCAGAUAGUGGGGGCAAGGGAAGGUCUAAACAGGCGGAAAAAUAAGGCACGAAGAAAAGUAAAGAACGGCGAGGAGAGCCCCUGGGGACAAUGUCUUACUAGACCAGUUCUAAACGGUCGCCGCCGUUCUGGCUUCUGAUUGGUGCCAGAAAAACACAAGUUUUCUGGUACCAAUCGGAAGCCAGAACGGCGGCGAUCGUUUGGAACUGGUCCGGUAAGACAUUGUCCCCAGGGGCUCUUCUCGCCGUUCUUUACUUUCUUUUGUGCCAUAUUUUCCCGCCUGUUUAGACUUUCCCUCGCCCCCACUAUCUGCCCCUGGGUCUCCGAGGAUGUAUCUUGCCAUAAAUUGCAUACUUCUUUUAGACCUGUCAAAAUUUAUUUCCUUUCUUGUCACUUUUAGAACCUAAACUCUUUGACGAUUUCAAUAAGUCACUGCCUCCAGAAGAUCUGGCAAAUGACUUCCACACCUUACGGGAAAUUCUCAAGAGUAGCCCUCAGUUUGGAAAUUUUCUAGUUGGCCCUGAUGUUACCCGGAUUCAUGAGAACUCCAAAAGUGCAAGCUACCUUCAAAGGUAAUUGAGUCAGUACACCUUAGACUGGUUAGGGUCCUAAUAAAGAUGAGUAGAUCAGAGAUCCUUAUCUUUGAUUAACUAAUCGAGCUUAUAGAAGACACUUAGAUCUAUAACAGAAGAGUCUUCCUGAAACAGGUGAAAUAACAUUACUCCAAAAAUUGUAUUGAGUGACUUAUCAACCAAGUACAUCCGCAGAUUUGGGGUGGUCUACUAAAAGAAAUUGAGUGUCAACUGUAUUUAGCACGAAAGUACUGAUUGGAGACACUAUUUUUACGUCUCCUACUGGAGAUGGACCGCCAUUUUACGUGGUCAUCCGAGCCACGCGAAGGUCUAGCCAUUUGCGGGCCAAAGGCAGUACCUUCAUUUGUCAGUUAUUUUAAGACCCUGACUGAGUUUUGGUCCAGCCCCGGGAAUCGGAACCGCGACCUCCCACUCUACAAUCAAGCGCUCUACCGACUGAGUGAAAGUGAGGGUACUGGCGCCAGAAGGAGAGUUCUUCUAUCUGCUUUGGUACCCCGAAACUGGCAAAAAUUCUAGUACGUUUAGAUAACAACGAAAAAGAGAUGAUCUUAGUCUUGUCAGAGCUGGUCGUGAAAAUGGCGAUCGAGGGCAAAGAAAUCAGAGCUACACGCGGAGCAGAGUUAUACUCUGCUAUCCAUCUGCGACAGUAAGGAAUAAACUGUCACCCCUCUUAGCAUGAAGAAGCAGACACGAGAAUGAUAGUUCAUGUAGCUGAUGCAGUAGAAAAUUGUCAACAACAACUAGACCCGCAUAUCUCUUUGGAAAGGUCUCCCUGUCACGGCUUCUAUGCCGUAACAGGAUGCGAUAUAACACCUGUCCCUAUGGUCACGCUGAUCAGAACAGCCUGGACGGCAUGGAACAACUUUCCAGAUGUAAGCACGUUACGUUUCUCGAGCUGGCCAGGAUUCCCCCUGCUAUUUCCGAGGAGAAUUAUUCAGCCAUAGAGAGAUAUAUAGAGUAUAAAAAGUAUGGGAGGAAAAAGAUGUACAAGGAUGGGGUGGCUGAAAGUAGCUACGACACUCUUUAUAUUAUACAUUUAUUAUCUAUUUUCCAUUUCAUUCUUUUCCACUGUUUAGUUUUGUCUCGGGUGCUAAAGAUGUCAUAGACGCAGUCACGUGGCACCAGUAAGUGUUGCAUUGUUUGCUACUAGGCGGCUUUCUGUUACAUUUAUUUUAAUUUUUCCCCCCGGGUUUACAGUGUAAAGCGCAUCGUCUGUGAAAUCAUGCCACACAUUCCAACCAAUUUUGCCACGCAAAUUUACCAAUCAGAGACUGACUUGCUUUACAAGAGGGACUGGUACUUCUACUCAGUUACUUUUUUAUAAUAUAUUCCAAUUUUAAAGUCUCUAGUCUUGUAGACUAAAAGGAAAACAAGGAUGUGGUAGAAAGUAGAUCACAAAAUAGCCGGUUUCUUUCUCAAAUCGCUCCUAGCAAAGUGCAAAGCGCCGAAAGGAUAGAAUCGGAUUCGACGCUCACUUGCCCACGACCGGUCUCUUUUUCCGAUUUCACUUCUUGCUUUUAUCGGUCUCGUUCCAGACCUUUCGUUUGACAAUUUCUCGUAACUUGGCUAACUCAAAAAUUAAUUUUUUUGUGUGGUUCAAGUGGAAAUAGGAAUCUGCAUGUUUUGAAGUUCCCCUGGGUGUAAUUAGAAGGAUACUCACUAUAUACCGUCAAAUGUGUCACGCCUGUGUUUUUAGGUACUACCUCGAUAAAAGAAAUUGCACUGAGAAGGAUUUUUAUAAUCCAAAUGUACUGGACAAAUUCCUGCGUGAGCUGGAGGCAGCCAAUGAUGUCUUGGAUAAAACAGCUCCAGGCAUACCAAGGUGGAUGGGGGAGACUGGUAGUGCUUUUGGCGGGGGAGCUCCUGGAUUGUCUGACAGAUAUGUUGCAGGCUUUAUGUAAGUGGGCUUCUAGUAAUUUGUAGUAUGUUCUGCCCUAAAGUCAGUGCGUAUGUUUGAGAAAAACCUGAAAAUGACGGUUUUCUUUCUUAAGUCAGGAAGGACCUUACGAACCUACGAAGGCGACGACAACGUCAGAAAAAAGUAAUAAAUUUAAUGAGCAAAACAACAACUCUGCACGUUCAUUACGCUUUUUUGUCAAUUUCUUAGCCGUCACCGCUUAACUACGACCUGAAAUAACCAAAUUUAAAGUUUCCUUAGGAACCGGAAAGGCAAGGUGAUAAAUUCUACCUCCUCUGUCGGAACUUGCAUGGACACGGUCCCCUCUCUUCAGCUCCAACCUCAAUUCCAUUCUUUUAAGUAACAGGGCGACUUGGAAUAAUUGCCAAAUAGUUUGAAAGGAUGCGGGUUUACCAUGUCAAUAAGGACUGAGGUUUAGGAUUAUUUCCACCAGCUAUUAUACGCUCGAAUCUCAGCUACUUUCAGCUACUGGGGUAGUCAAAAGGAAAGAUUGACCAUCCCAGGGAGAUUCGAAUCGUGGGCUACCCUUUACAUUUCCGUUUCAAAGAUUUAGGUGCCAUACAGCUCUCCGUACUUUUAAUGCAAUGAUAUAUUUUUCUUCUCAAUCCUGGGAAAGACUCAGUUUGAAUACGUCUCUUACAAUUACUUAGCGGAAAAUGAACACCAAAUUACGUACUAAGGAUGAAAGGGUCAUGAGGAUUGAAAACGUGAAAAUCAAUGUGUAACCUUCUCUUCCAAACUGACCCUGAUUCCCAAGUGCAAAUCAACCAUUUCUUUCUUUUUAUGGAUACAUUAUUGUCUCGUAUUUUAGCUAUACUUUUGGCAUGGCUCCUGUGUACCCCAUUAAUGUAAAUAUUAUUAUGCUUUUCAGGUGGCUUGACAAAUUAGGACUCGCUGCUCGACUGGGCCAUGAAGUUGUUAUUCGACAAUCGUUUGUUAAAGGAAGCUAUGCUUUACUUGAUGAAGAUUUGAAUCCAAAUCCUGUAAUUACAUGUACAUAUUUUGGUUAAGUUAAGUAACAUAUUUUCACAUUAACUGUCUGAUGACCCGCACCUACUUUUUAUUGUUCCUUCCGUUUUGCGAAGGAUCUAAUAGCCUGCGUAGAUGGCGGUAUUGUGUGGGUGCGAGAUUAAAGUUUUGGCGGCGGAGCCGUGUUCCAAUAAAAGGGAGUAGGGACGAGGCGGUUUCUCGCGGUUCCGCCGCCAAAUCUCACUAGACUACUACACAAUACCGCCAGCUACGAAGGCUAAGGAUCUAAUUCAUCGCCCUGUAGGCAGGCUUCCCAUCAAGAGAUCAGUUAUGAGACCUUUCUAAAGGGACAGUAUUACGAGAAUUCAGUCUCCUAGGUUUUUGUGAUAAUUGCCCUACAAUUAUGAAUAUACCCUCGCUUAAAAUGGCUUUCAUGAACAACAAGAAAAAAAGGAAUAACUCGCGCUUAUAAGUCUUUGGCAACUGCUCAUCUACUCAUCAACUCAACUUUUGCUUCAGUUUGGUGCGUGGUAAGUACAUAAGGAGUAUAAAACAAGUUACGUUUCUUUUUGGAGUGAGAGCUUCGAUCCCAUUAUUUGCUACACUAGAAGGUAAGUUGCACAAACUGGACCGAUCUGGUUGGUUAGAUGCCACGAAAACGCCAUAAUUUCUUUUACAUACGUCGAUCCUCUUGUUUGAAGCAUCUCAGUGGAUCCCCGGGGGGGGGGGGGUACUUGCCAUGGAUUAAUUUCUGCUGGGUAUGUGCCGCUGGCCUCUCAGAGUGCCUACCCCAUUAUGGUCUAUUCUGUGGCCAAUUAUAGACCCCACCUCAGUCACCUUUGGGAAAAUAUGUAAUUUUCUUGAUCCCAAUUUAGUCACUUUCUACUUUUAUUAAUUGACCCAUUUUUUAGAUUGAACGAAGAACACUUUACUUUUCGUCUGCGGUACAAACAUUCUGUUACGUUUGCUAACCGUAAAUAUGAAGAACUGUCCUACUUCAAAAAAUCCGAUAAUGUGCGACCCCAUUUUAGUAACUUUAUUGAAAAUGCGACCCCAAUAUGGUCGAUACGGUCGUGAAAAUGCGACCCCAUCCAGCGGCACCUCCCCAUUAGCCUCUUAUAGGAAGUACCCUCCCCCCCCAGGAUCUGAACUGACGUUUAUGGUUAACAAUGCAAAUCUGUUUAUGAUCUCAGCAUUUUUUCGCUUUCUUACGUAUGUUGUAGGAUUAUUGGUUGUCUUUGUUAUAUAAGAGGCUUGUUGGGUUGAAAGUCCUAGAAGUAGAACGUGGGACAAAAGAGAAGCGAAAGACCCGUGUAUACGCUCACUGUGCUAACAGGUAUAAAACACGUUAAAAAAAUAUUUCCAUUGUUUUUAGAUAAAUGAUUUAAGCAGGAAAAAAGCUCUUAGUUUUCUGACCAACACUCCUUAUGUGAGACGCAUGUUACUACACUUAUGUCUGGCCUUAAAAGGCCACACUUGCUAUAAGAACAGUAAUUUCAGAAUUUUAAUUGCUUCAGGAAAUAUCCUGUUGGAGCUGUCACCCUUCUUGUUCUGAAUGUUCACGAUCAUGAUCCAGUUAGCCUUAAACUUACUGGUAGCCUCAAAGGAAAAGAUGUGGAAGAGUAUCUUCUAAGGACGGAAAACAGUGACCUCACGUCGAAGUAAGUAAAACGUCUAAAUGACUGUUUAUUGUAAUUGAGCUUUAUUUGUGUUCAUGAAGUCGGGAUCAUUGCCUAAGGUGUGGAAAUCCCGGCCAUUAUAGACAUAGAGGCAUACCCAGUCAAGUCUCGCUUAAUGGGAAUGUUUAUAUAGAGAAAUAAGACGGACGCCUUUCUAAAAGGACAGCUAGAGUUGGUCUGAAGAUGACUACCGCACAGGUUGUCAAAACGUCAGCCACUAUCAGCAACAGUCCUUUUCUAGCCGUAGUUGUAUGUUCAAAGAAUGAGUCAUACGCUAUCCAGCAGAUCCAGUGGAUGAUGCAGUUGGUUUCCCCAAUACCAAUCCGCUGGAUACUGAUCUAUCUGGUGGAUAACGCUUGAGCUUUUGAACGACUGGGGCCAGUAUUGCACUCAUCCAGACAUCAUAUCUUAUUCCGCGAAUUAGUAAGGACCUAUAGAGUUGGCCAUUGUCGCUAAUUUUUCAGGUCUCUUUGACGCUCUUCAAGGCGGACACCUCCCAAAAACGGAUACUUAGUGUCGGUCCUAUUGCUGUCUAUCUUAAGGUUGAUUUCCAUUGUCGCGUUCUAAUUUUUUACUUGCGCACGCGCGUUAAUAGAACAGAGACAAUGUAUGGAAGGUCACGCGUAAACGUAAAAGUUGGACCUCGCUCAACUUUCACGUUUACCGGGGGCCUUUCAUACAUUGCCUCUAUUUCAUUUACGCAUGUAAAUUUUACGUGCGAUCGUACGGAAAAAUGCGCGAGAGUGGAAAUCAACCCUUAAGGCUGAUUGAUACUGAGGCGUUUUGGCUACGCAAGUUAGCGCACGUUAUCUUUAAUAGAGGCGAGACAUAAAGUGUUGAGAUUAAACGUUAAGUUAAACGAGGUUCUACUUUUACGCUUACGUGCGGCCUUUGAUACAUUGCCUGUAUUUUAUUUGCGAACGUAAAUUUUACGCGCUUACGCACGUAAAAAUUACGCGACAGUGGAAAUCAACCCUCGGAGAGAACUGGCUGCAAAGUAACACACAAAGUAUUAUAGAGUAUACAUGAUGUAACUAACGCGUCCAAAUUGUCACAAAGAUAGGUAAGGAAAACGGGAUUUCAAUAACGAAAGCCUGUCCUUCUACAGGGCUCAUUUAAGGUUGCCUUUAAUUUUGUUAACAGGACAGUGAGACUGAAUGGAAAAGUGCUUAAACUUGUGGAUGACCACACCUUUCCCGAUCUUAAUGCUGUGGUUGUACCAGGAGAUAAACCCCUCAUUCUUCCACCUAUGACGUUUGGGUUCUACGUCAUCCCAGGAGCUUCUGCCAGUGGAUGCAGUUAAUGUCACUUAUUGGAAGCGGACAGUUUAUUUGACAAAUGUAAACUAUAGAUUAAACUUUCAUUGACCAUGGAUACAUGUUAACGAAUGGGAUCCGCAGGCAACCAAAACAACACAGUUUCACUGGAAGUGG